UGAUCAAUCCAAAGGAAAUGUCCCAUUACAGGAUAAACUAUGCAAGUGGGUCAGCAGCAUCAGUGUCCUUCCUAGGAAUUCCACAAAGCGAUAUCGACAGAACAGGAUACUGGGCCGUCUGGUGUAUUUUCAAAAAGUUUGAAGAUGCUCGCGUGUUGGCUGUAACGAAAGGAUUUACGGAAGGCGCCAAUGACGAGGAAAAUGGAUUAGCCUUUGUUAAGCAGCAGUUAAUUCUAGAUCCAGAAAUACAGAAUUUGAGUUCAACAAUGCAGAUAAAAUUAAAGUUUGAUGUGGAACUGAAACAGUUAAAACAAACGUCUUUCAUAUGUGCUGUUAAAUUAAAAAACGAGGCCACAGGGGAAAUUCUUGGAGAAAAUUUUAUGAAAGUGGUGAGAAUAAAUAGGAAAACGCGACGGCCUUCUUCAUUUCCUGAAUGGUUCUACAAAAAGCAUGCAGUUUUCAUGAAUGCCGUCGGUCAUCCUGGAACUGAAAAAGAAGACUUGCCUGAAAUUCCCAAGCAUGCUUAUAAAUAUGUCGUUGUAGCAGGGCACAGUGACGAGGAUACUAAUGGUCACCUGAAUCAAUCCUCCUAUAUUCGAUUUUGCAUGGACGCAGCAACGAAUGCAUCGUUGAAAGGGUAUUAUGAACAUUACACAAGUGAUAUGUGUUUGUACCCCUCAUUACAGUGGACUAUUAGCUAUAUGGGUGAAGGUCUUGCUGGUGAUCAGUUGACUAUAUUUACAUGGCAGAAAGAACAUUCUCCCGACAACAUAAGAUUUGCUAUCGUACGAAAUGGGAAUCAAAUUUUGUAUGCAUCAACAGUCUUUGGGAAAACCGCAAAAGAGAAAAGGCUUUGGCAUAAAUUGUAAAUAGAUCUUUAUAUUUGAUUUCGUAUGCAAGAACACUGAUCGGCAUAUUCUGUCGGAAUACUUUGAUGUUGAUUUUAAAAAGAUGGAGGACUUCAGCAUUUACAAUAUUUUUUUUCUUUUUUGUGAUUUUUGGCGAUGGGUUUUCCAACGAUCUAUUGGAACUCCCAUGG